AUGAAAAGACCAGAGAUUGGUCCAAGUUGGAACAAGCGGCGUUUGUGGAAAACGGAUCUCCGCGAGACGCCAGAGGAAGUGAGGCAAGAAGUUAAAUACUCAGGAAGAAGGAGACAGAAUUCCAAAAUGAAACAUGAAGUGGAACGCCGGAACGACGAACGCCGGAACGACGAACGCCGGAACGUCGAACGCCGGAACGUGGAACGCCGGAACGUGGAACGCCGGAACGUGGAACGCCGGAACGUGGAACGCCGGAACGUGGAACGCCGGAACGUGGGCCUCGUCAAAACCACGCUGAGGUUUUUCAUUCGUCUUCGUCUGAGCUCGUGGUGA